AUGCGUCCCACCGCUACGUUGCUGCAGGUGGCCCUGUGCCUUUCCUCUGCUGCGCCCUUGGUGUCGGCGUGGCCAGGCUGGCUCCCAAAUAUCGACGCCUUGGUUGUUCGUGCUGAUGCCGAUAACAAAGAGGGCAGCAAUACUGCGCAGCCCACCGGCGGCGCUGGCAGCGGACAAAACACAGCCCAGCCCACCCAGCCACCUGACAAAAACUCAAAGACCGCCGAUGGCAGCAAGGACUCCAAGACUGGCGACAGCAAGGACUCGAAAACGAACACCAAAAACGACCACAAGACUACCACUUCUAAGAAGAAGGGGCCUACACACACCACAUUCGAUCCCGAAUCCCCCCCGGGAAGCGUUGUGAUGCAGACGCCUGGUGUCUUUGCUGCUGGUGCUGCCCUCUACAGAAUCGGCGACUAUGUCACCUGGGGCUGGAACUACACAAACCUCCUCGGCACCCCAACUGCCAUUGAUGUUCUCAUUGGCUGCUCGGCUGUCUCUGAGACGUGGACUCUUACGGCCAACAUGACGUUUAAGACCUCUGCGGCAUACACGUGGAACAGCUCAGUCCAAGCAACCGAUGUCAAACAGCCCCUCUCCAACAACAUGUACACUCUCAUCAUCAAGGAUUCGGAUGCCGCAAACACUCAAAUCCCCGAUCCUGGUUAUCUCGGCACCUUUUCGCAAUACACUUUUGGCCUGUAUACUUCCCAGCCAUACGUUGAUUUUGACCAGUGGAGCUGUGACGCUUGCAACGCAGCCUUGGCCAAGUUUGAUCACCAUGUUCUUGGAUUUGCCGUCACCAUGGGCUUGGUGACUGUGCUGAGCUUUACUUGGUUCGUGUCCGGGGUUGACCUCGCCUGA